GACUCGCGGCCCACGGUGUUGUGCGAUUGCCCGUUCUUCCCCGAGUUUCAGGCGCUCUUCGACGAGAAGGUCCGCUGCGUGUUUGCCACCGACGUUCUGGGCAAAGGCGUGGACGCGCUGACGCACGCCGACAUGGCCGCGUUCGCUGCCGCCGCGGAGGGCGAGCCCGGCGGCAGAGGGGCCGUGGCCGCCGUCGUCUCGCACCAGCACGCGCCCUGGGGCGCGGAGGCCCUGGGGCGCUUGCCGUCGCUGCGCGUGGUGAGCAACCACGGCGUCGGCCACGGGUACACGCCGGGGGCGGCGUCCGCGCCCACGGGAGAGCUCGGGGCGGGCUUGAUCCUGGCCAGCGCCAGGAGAACAUCAUCCCGUCCGUCAGGAGGGCCUGCAACCCCGCGACAACCUCCUUCGACCCGUACUGGUACGGGAGGCGCGUCGCAGGUGCGACGCUAG